GGGAAGCAUGGGGGGCUUGGCGCGGCUAUAAAUGGGCAGGGUUAUUUUCGCGAGCAGGCAAUUACUAUAAACCCCAACCCGCUUCUGUUUCCUCCCUCCAUCUUUUCGUCUCAUCACAUGCAAGGCACUCGCUGGAUCUCCUAUCCUCAACGGCUUCUGAGAAAUCUGGCGAUUCCGAGUGCAUCAAAAAGAAAAUGGAGUCCGAAAUGGAAGAGUUUGCUCGCAUGGAGUUGAGCCUCCGAUUUCAAUUUCUCGAAGCCAUCAAAACCAAUGCCGCCAAUCUCCAUGCUGUACGUCACAGCUUGGGAGCCCUCGUUGACACCCGGUUACUGUCGAACCGGUCGAAGACUACUACAUCACACACGCCGAUAUACGCUGCCAGUCUGUUCCAAGAACUGCAAGCAACUUCCAGGUUGUUGGGAAUUCAGGAUACACGCCACUAUGCUGGUUCUUUUUAUGGUGGCCCCGAUUCAUGAAAUCAAGACAGUGAUCAGUUUGAUGAGGCAAUUUGCCAGCCUUGGUCCUACUGCGCCCUUCGUUGGUGCCUCUGGCUUAGCAGGAAGUGCUGUGCUUGCACUAAGAGACUGUCGCCGUCCGGUACUGCCAACAGAAACACCACUCUCAGCACCAUCAUCGGGUUUUUUGGGCCCUCCUGAUGCUACUGGUGAGAUGGAAGCACAGCUGCCAGAGAAUGAGAUGGAUAUUCCUGGGUCCUUUCUGGAAGAAGCGACCCUGCGGCAGCGCAUAGACCGCAGUCAGAGAUCAGGAACGAUCAAGAACUUUCAGCCCAAGCCCAAACCUGGCUCAUCGCAGAAGCGGCAUCCCAUAAGAACUGGCCAAACCUUCACCAUUCGAACGCAGGACCCUCAGGAUCUUCCAAGCAUUGCAAUAGCUGCUAGAUCUGUAGUAGAACCUCCUCCGAGUUGGGUCUAUCAGUGGCUCUGCAAAUGCGACCGACGAGGACUACGAUCAAGACUGGAGGUCAGACGAAGAAGGGGAAUUGGAUUGAAAAUGUCCAUCAAGGAGGGAAGCGGACGAUGCUCUGCAUGAUCCACCGAAGAAUUCACGGGAUUAUAAGUCUGUGACAUCGACAGCGAGCUCUGGAAACGACAUGCUGUAUAGAACACAGUACGCGGUUUCCGAAAGCACGCCCAACUGGAACAGCUGUUCAAGCAAGUAUGCGCUGCAGUAUCGAGGCGGUUGGUGCGAGACAUCGCCAAUCAACCUACAGGUACGAUUCGGGGCCGCUCGUCCGUAUGACCAGUUCACUCGAAUCAACUUGGCCAGACUGGAGAGGGAAAAGCGGAUAGUG